AAUAUGGCUGCGCUGUAUGAGUCGUACACGCUGUGCGCGCUCGCGGAUACGGGACCGGAGGGAACGCGCGCGAUCGAACCGGGUCGGGACCGAGACCGCGUGGUUAUCACAGAGUCCGGCAGGGCGGUCACUGUGUAUAAGGUUUCAGAUCAGAAGCCGUUGGGAAGCUGGACAGUGAAGCAGGGUCAGUGUAUAACCAGCCCUGCUGUUUACAACUCGCAAACAAAGGAGUAUGUGGUAGUUACAGAUGAAAAGGUUGUGCGAGUUUGGAAUGAUGAAGACAUCAGCAUUGAAAAAGCCUUCAAAGCAACAGUGUCGGCGGAGGUGUACAGAGUGCACUCUGUACCAGACCAAGAGCCACUGGUGCUGUUUCGCCACGGGGCCGUCCGCUUCCUGGACUCACUCCUCGCUGCCCCUCAGCAACCCAUAGAGGAGGUGCUGUCAGAAGAGGAGGUGAUCAGGUGGAGUGCAGCAGUGCAGACGGAGCAGCAGCUGGUGCUCCUCUUCAGCACAGAACAGAGAGGACAGCACUGCCUGUAUGUACAGAGAUUCAGUCCCAACGCUCUAGUGAAGCACAAGCUGGAGACGGACUCCACUAACUCCGCUCCUCUUAGCUAUGCUGCCACAUACAGAGAUGGAAACAUACACCUGCUGUACCUGUUCUCUAGCGGGUGUGUGUAUGAGAGUGUGCUCCAGGCGUGGCCCACCGUCCCAGCGGUCUCUGAAACAGUUCAGGCUCUGCCCCGCUCCCUGCUCCUGAAGCUGCCCGUGGGUGAAGGAGAACUGACUGCUGCCUCAGCUCUGCCAAUAGAUGAGGCUCAUAUAGCUGUUGUGGGGGUCCCGCACCCCUCAGCUGGAGCUGGGAAAGAUUACCUGUGUAUAUGGAACACACAUUUCCAGACUUUGCAGGCGGGCAGAGAGCUGGCGGGCAAGAUAUACGGCCAGUUGUGGUGUUAUUCAGGAAAGCUGUUUGUGCCUCAUGGGAAAACUCUUUCUGUGAUUCCGUUCGAGUGUCAGAAAUCAUCUCUGGCCGCCGCCAUGGGGAAGCUGAAACAGACAUCAGUAACCAACGAGAGCAACUCUGGUCCGACUCUUGUGCCGUCCUGGAACGCUCUGCUCCACGCCGAUCAGACACAGACACAAACGCAGGAGAGGAGCCGGGGAGCGGCCACAAAGAAGAGUAAGACAAGCACAAGGAACCAGUCGUCCUGUCCAACAGCAGAGCAGCUGGCUGAGAAAAUCAAGGUGGGCUCUGAGAAGGAGGUGCAGAAACAGGUGGAGGCGUUUCUGCAUGGAUCACAGCCGGAAGAGCUGCAGCUGACAGCUGGCAGACUGGCAUCUGCACUGGUGACGCGAUGUCAGGCAGAUCCAACCUUCUACCCUCAGGCUGCCCUCACUCAGCUGGUCCAAACAAACUACCUGUGCCACAGCGGGUGUCCUGACCUGCUGAUGCUGACUCUGGAGAAGAGUGAUUUCUGCCUUUGCCAGCUGUGUCUGCAGCUGUUCCAGGACAUUCCAGAAGCGGUCACCUGUUGGUGUCUCAAGACCAUCCUCAGUGUUCAGGAUUCAGAGUUGGAACAAGUGGAUUUAGAAGAAGAUAGUCUGCUCUUCAUGAAGGCUCUCACCCAGACAGCAGAGGUCUCAGAUGGGGACAGUGGUCAGCCAAACGGUUUCUGCCCUCCAGUUCUGGAGGAGGAAAGCUGUGAUGCUCCUCCAGACUCUGAGGUCCCUGGCACCAAGCCGCCCAGAGAUCCAUUAGCCCUGGAUAUGAGCUGCCCUGUAGGACCUCACAAAGGAGCUCUACUAAAUGAGGUUCUGCAGACGCCGUACAGUGACAGUCUUUUGCUUCCCCACUUAAAGGACCUCAGUGUCCCGCAAGUUAUACUCCUCCUGCAGUACCUGCGGUUCCUGUAUCUGAAGUAUUCGCAAGAUGCCCACUCUCGAAUCCCCGCCCUCCGAAAGCCAGCUGUCACUCAGAUCAUGGAUUGGGUUUGCUUAUUGCUGGAUGCUCACUUCACAGUGCUUGUUUUGGCUCCUGAGGCCAAGAGUUUGCUGUCCAGUCUCCACAAGUUUGUGAGGUCUCAGGUGAAGUUGUACUCUGAACUGGGGAAGAUCGAGGGAAGUCUGGAGGCGCUCAAAAAAUCCAAGCAGUCCAGAGAGAUUGGCCAGUAUUCAAUAGAGGUGAUUGAGCUUUUUUAGACGACCUGUACAGAUGCUUUUUAAUAAAACUCUUCUGAUGACCUAAAGUC